AAGCGGUCACAGUGAAAGGAGCGCCUCCGCAUACACCUGACUGGAAUACGUAGUGCACCUGACGGGAGGGAAACCCAGCAACAUGAUCGCCAAGUGCAUCUCUUCACUCCUUUGCCUGGCAGUCACCGUCAAUGCCGGCAUUGUUGCGACUAGCGGAGGCCACAGCGUGCAGCAUCGGAAACAGGAUGAUUACGGAAACUACCAGUUCGGCUAUGACAUCGUCAAUGGUUACGGUGCUGUCAACGGCCGCCACGAAGCCGGAGGCGCAUACGGCCCCGUGCAUGGUUCCUACUACCUGGGUGACAUUGACGGCCGCCACCGGCAGGUGCACUACGUGGCCGACAAGCUCGGGUUCCGCGCUGUUGUCAAGACCAACGAGCCUGGAACUAAGACGAGCGCGCCUGCGGCAGCUCCUUACGUGUCGGCCAAUGGCAAGGCGGUGCCAGCGGCUUCAGUCCAAGCGGCUCCAGUCGCCAUUGUGAAACCAGUGAUCCCAGCUUACGGCGGACAUCUUGGCUACGGUUACGGUGGAGGCUACGGAGGCGGCUACGGCCACGCGCCCGUAGCCGCUGCUGUGGUCGCGAAGGCUGCCGUUCCUGUGGCUGCUUACGCGGCAGCUCCCCACUACGGUUAUGCUGGACUCGGUGGGCUUGGUCAUGGCUACAGUCUUGGCUAUGGUGGCUACGGAGGUUACGGGGGCUACGGAGGCUACGGACACGGCUAUCUGGGAUAAGCAGCCGCUUCCAAAUGAACCAAUUUAUUGGGAUCAAGGUGAUGGCGUACUCGUCAGUGUUUCAAGUGUUGCCAAAGCAAGACUUCGUUGUUAUCCAUCUUCAGGUCCCGGUUCCUACAUGAUUCCAUAAUGUGUUCCUACACUUUUCUUGUUGACUCUGUUUGUUCGUGUAAAUAAAGGUGUUUUUGACUGUCGUAA